UCGAGAAGGACUUUCUUAGCAAUAUUCCUUUAUCAGUGUUCUGCCCUUUGAAUCGUCUCAUACUAUGAGAUGACGGCCAAGGGCGAUUGAAGCUACUGCGUCGCCCUUUGGCAACUUGCCCCCCGUUUUACCUUUCAGAGUCGCAAUCCAAGUUCUCGGCGCAUUAUGGCUACAGGCAAUGGAGCACCUGGACCUCCGUUUGCGUUCCAGAUAUAUGAGCUUAAUGACGUGCGAGAUCCACAAUACCAGCAUACACGCUACGGAACGGGAGCCUGGAUUCCUCCUCAAACAUUUCGUGAUAAUGACUGGGAACUGAUAUUCGACGAACAUUCGUUUUUCUAUUUUGAUGGCAGCACAGUUCAUUUGUAUCCACCCGGCUCCUUCCCUAUGGAUGCGAUUCACAACGCUGGUGAGGUAUCCGUCUACCAUAACGAGGGGCAGAUAUAUGGAUGCGGCGAGGACGUUACUGAACCGCCCACCCCAGAGCCUCAUGAACCCCCGUUGGAAGUGAUGGAUAUUGGUUGGAAGUGCCUGGCAUUUGUGCACGAGAAUGAUCAAUCAUACGUGUCACGCGCCGUCUUCCAUGAAGGAGGUGUCCCGAGGUUGACGCUCCUUCGACCAAGUCAGGUAUGGGCAAAGGAGCUUCUCCCUUGCAUUUACCGCCCCCACCAUGUCCAUGAUGAUAGCCCUCAGAAUUCUGGCCUUGGCGGUCUGAAGGGGGAAGUGGCCAUACUCAUUGCACUGAUUGCCUUGUCCGUCCCAAACGGGAAUAUUCAUCUUGCAUUAUUUAAUUGCAUGAGAGGUCUGACCUGGACGAGCCAUGGGCUUCCAAGAGAUGAAGGGUGGACAUCGCGCCGCGGCAUUCUCGUCAAAGUAUUCACUCUUUCGGAGGACACGACUCCGCUCCGACUUUUCGAGGAUGGAACCGUCGCAGAAGGGAAAAUUUUCCAUUGACUUGUGCCCUACCAUACUACGUUCUUUACGUUAUUCAUUGCCCACAAUACGUGCUGAGCAGACCAGCUAACUUUGGCGCGGCUAUGAGGAACACAGGGGGAUCGAAACACCUGGAAUGAUCAUGGCUCCUACACAGAUAUCCUUGAAUGCAUUGCUUUACCGACAUUGUAGCAUCUCAUUAUUGGCAUGGCUCAUAUAUGCUAAGAAAGUCGCUCUAUAGCCUCAUUCCAUGAUGCAAAUGCCAAAUUAAGUUGUUUGAGUGCCCCAGGGAUUUGUAGGCUCGAUCGCCCUUAGA